CGCCUUCGCCUUCAUCUCCAAUUCCACCACCUCCUUUCUCCAUCGUUGUCGGAUUUCUUUUCAGUCGUACUCGAAACACCCAUCAUGACUCUCCUCUGGAUGAUUACGUCGUUCGUGCGCUGGCUUCGCUUGAAACAUUAUCAAUAUGAAGUCACAUUCGCUGUCUACAUGCUUACCCCGACCGAGAAAGUCAUCUUUAACACCCUCCUCCUCUCCCUCGUCUCGAUGAUCUUCGCGUCCCUCUAUGCCUACCUCCCUGACCACCUCCGAGUCAUCUACGGUCAUCUCUACUACUACUGGGCCGGCGAGCGUCCUUUCAUUUCCGGCAGUCUUCCGUCGAUCAGCUCCGUCUUCCGCGACAGUGGCACCCAGAGCCUGGAGGUCAUGUACGAGACGGCCAAGAACGCCGCGGCCACGGUGACCAACACGAUCGCCGAAUUAUGAAUCUCCCGUCCAUGAUGGGCGGGUCCAUCUGUGGAAUCGCACGUCUGGCUUUCGUUGUUCCUCGCUGUGAUGAUACCUUCGGGGCCUUCUUUUCGUUGUUAUAUUUAUCA